AUGCUCAACCUGAGUUUUUCACUUAACAACACUGAGCUCCGUAACCAGCCUGUGGUUGAUCCGUUUGCCAUUUGUGAUGCAUUUGGAAACGGUGAAGGAAACGAAGCAUUGACACGAGUCGCGCUCAACAACCUUCUCGUAUGUGCACAUCGUCACGUCACCUCGCGUUUUGACAACCUCAACAAUGCAAUCCAUAUCAAUGCAGAAGGCCACUGGAGGUACGGACCAGUAGUCCACAAGGGUGCAAAAUAUGAUUUGAUUGGGCGCCCCAAUUAUAGUGUGUGGUACGGAACACAAGAGGAUCUUGCGGUUAGCGUUGUGGUAGUUGAGGCAAAGUCGGGGACAACAGCUACAUCUGGAGUGGCCCAAACACUAGGUUAUAUGGGGUGUGUACAUCGGAGACGUAAAGACCUUGCGAAGCUGAAUUUGACGGUGUACGGUGUUGUUACUGAUGGCCAAUACUUUGUUUUCCUGAAAAUCAAUGAUGAUUCACAGUGGAGUGAGCACAUAAUUUCCACCCGCCUUGACAACUACAAGGAGGCCCUUGGUUUGCUAGUACACUUCUUCCAUUCCGCCGCAGUUAUGUCGCCUUUACAAUCAGAGAAGGCAUCAAUUCAAACCCACUCAAAGGAGUCUUCUAGUGUGUCAUAUAUGGAAUUUGAUGAAGAGGGGGAGGAGGUUUGA